AUGAAGACCGUGGUGACUGGUGCAUCCGGUUACUUAGGCGGGAGACUCUGCCACUCCCUCCUGAAACAAGGACACUCCGUCCGCGCCUUGGUCCGUCGCACCAGUGACAUCUCCGAGCUUCCUCCGCUCUCCACCAACGGAGCCUUCGAACUCGCCUACGGUGACAUUACAGACUACCAGUCCCUCCUGGAUGCCUUCUCUGGUUGCCACGUCAUCUUCCACGCUGCUGCUAUCGUCGAACCCUGGCUUCCAGAUCCUUCUAAAUUCUUCUCCGUUAACGUAGAAGGAUUGAAUAAUUUGUUACAAGCAGCUAAAGAGACAGAGACAAUUGAGAAGAUCAUAUACACGUCGUCGUUUUUCGCACUUGGAUCCACUGAUGGAUAUGCUGCUGAUGAGAGCCAAGUGCAUUGCGAGAAGCGUUUCUGUACGGAAUACGAGAGGUCAAAGGUGACUGCUGAUAAGAUUGCCGUACAAGCUGCGGUGGAGGGGGUGCCGAUAGUGAUGCUUUACCCUGGUCUUAUAUAUGGUCCAGGGAAGCUCACUACUGGUAAUAUCGUUGCUCAAUUGCUGAUCGAACGCUUUGCUGGACGUUUACCAGGAUAUAUAGGCUAUGGGAACGAUAAAUUUUCCUUUAGUCAUGUUGAUGACGUGGUAGAUGGUCACAUUGCAGCAAUGGACAAAGGUCAACAAGGUGAAAGAUAUCUGCUUACAGGAGAAAAUGCAUCCUUCAAGCAUGUUUUUGAUAUGGCUGCUAUUAUCUCUGGAACAAAAAGGCCAUGGUUUAGCAUUCCUUUAUGCGUAAUUGAGUUUUAUGGAUGGGUAUUGGUUCUUGUCUCUCGACUUACAGGAAAGCUUCCUCUCAUUAGCCCCCCGACUGUGCAUGUUCUAAGACACCAGUGGGCAUAUUCAUGUGAGAAGGCAAAGGCAGAGCUAGGUUAUAAUCCUCGAAGCUUGAAACAAGGACUGAAAGAGUUCCUUCCAUGGUUGAAGAGCCUUGGGGUGAUCAAAUACUGA